AUGAUAUCUCUUAGCAAACUUCCUCUAUUCAUCUUUGUUGUAUACUCCUGGCAAUGUUCCGGCAACUAUGUGAGUGCACUAAGCACAUUAGCUGAUAGCACGUCCAUGGAAAGUCUAUUUACCAAAGUGCAGAAGACCAAAUUUGAUAAGAAUGGGAACGCUGACAAAUUAACCAAUUAUGACAAUUCCAUGGAAAGUCUAUUUGACCGUUCCAUGGAAAGUCUCUUUCCCGAAAGGAGAGAUGUUCAUGGUGAUUAUGAAGAUACUAUAACCACAGACACUUACUCACAAAAAGGUGGAUACGUCGACAAACAUAACUACAAUUCCGGCGAAGAUUUCUACCAUGUAAUGUACAAAAAUAAUGGACAUGGACAGACAAAGGCAAAGGCCAAAACAGGAGUACAUUUACCCAUGUUCGAUGAAUAUCCCACAGAAGAACAUAAAUAUUAUAACAAUUCUAACAAUUUCCACAGGGGAAAUACUACGAAAGCUAAAAUACACAAAGGUAUAUCAUUUAUAUGCAACUUCUUGGACAAAAUCGAUGCCAAGUUCGAAUCCGAAAUGAAACGUUAUUUGGACAUUGAGGAGGAAGAAAAACACAAAUAUUCCAUUAGAAAAUUAAAGGGGACAGGAAAAUUAUCUCGUUUUUUCAGCAAGUACAGAGUGUUUGCUCCUCUUGGUGUGCUUGGAAUAGUUUCCCUGUUAAUUUUAACAUCCCUUCUAAAAAUGGAAUUCCUCACCAAAACGUUCCCAUUUGCCAUUUUAGCUUCGUCCAGCGCGUCAUUUUCCCUUUCCGUACUCUUUGUUAUAUCUUUUAUACUGCUCACUCUGGCCGCAGCUGUGGUAUUCAGUGGAUAUGGCCUUCUGUUAUUUUACUACAUACGCAAAUUGAACAAAAUGGGACGCUCCAGAAAAUAUAUAAAAAAAUUAAGUGCCAUGAGGAAUAAGGACGACGAAUGA